UAUAGCAUUGAUGACAGCAGCUUAUGUACGUGGUGAUGAUGAAAGGUCACGGAAAAUGCGUCGUAACAUUGUUCGUUAUUGUGUCUUAUCACAAGCACUUGUUUUUCGUGAUAUUAGCAUGAAAGUACGAAAACGUUUUCCAACAUUAGAUUCUGUUGUUGCUGGAGGUUU